UUUUUAUUUUUUUUCCAUAGCGAUAUUCGUUAUACUCACAACAUUAUUCCUGUAAAAUUUUAAAAAAUUUCAAAUAACUUACAGUAGAAAUAAGUUUAAAAUUUGUUAAACACGCGUAGUAAAUUAAAAUAUCUUAAACUCUAUUUUUUGGUACUAUAAACUAUUCAGAAUUUUUUCAAAAGUUUAUAAAAAUGAUAUUUGUAACUAUAACAAAUACCAAUAUAAUUUUUUUUAAAAAAUAAUAUUUUAACAUAUAAUUUCAAAUAUAAAAAUUAACUAAAAAAUAAAAAAGUAAUAAUAACAAUAAAAGAAAGGAGAUGCAUUCCAUAGAAAUUUUCCAACGUUAAUUAAGAAGAAAAAGUCAUAUAUUUUGGAAAAGCAAAUGUACACAUGGAGUGUAGCUUUGCCAACCAAUCACGUGCAACUAUACACGACUUAGUCAAACCCAAAUAAUGCGGUGCCACAUGGCAGCUAUACGGAGCUACAUAACUUGGGACACAUCACACAUGGACUUCUAUCCAAGUGCAAUGUCCAAAACUAACAAGUGUUUCUUUUUUUAUUUUUCGAAACGGCAAAAUAAACCAGUGUUUUUUUUUUAACUGCAAAAUAAACAAGUUCAGUUGGUACAUUCUCAUUAUUGGUCUCUAUUUAUUUUAUUUAUAAGUAAGUCAUUUAACAAUUAAAAACAAAAUAAAAAGCAAAAUUCAGGGGAUAAAUUUUUACUUUCAUUCAAAAUCAAAAAUAUGAGAAUACUUCUCUCUCUCUCUCAAAAAAAAAAAAAAAAUCAUGAGAAUACUAUUAUGUCACAACACGUAUUCGUCGGCACAUCACACUAAUUUAACUAGGUCAAUAUCAUUAACUUUUCAUACAACAUUAGUUUUUUUUGGUCACACAACAUUAGUUUUUUUUAGUGUUAUUUGAUCGCAUUACAUUACUCCAAAACAAAUUAAAAUAAUCGGUUACUAAAUCAUCAUAUUUUAUCACACGUAAUUAUGAGAGGUAAUAAUUAAUUAUUUGAUCUAAUUAAUACAAUAAAGAAUAUUUUUUUUUACCUUUAUUUAUUUUCGUUUCCCGUUAGAAUUUAGACGUGCCAUUGUCGGUAUCAUAUUUACGCUUUACCAUGAGUAUAAAAAUCCCCUUUUUCUUUUGCAAUUAUAUCAACUUUAUAUAUAAAUACUUUUCAUCCAUCGUUAUUGUUUUCAUUUCCCUACAAACAAUUAAUUAUUCUUUCUUUCCAAACAAACAUUAAUAAUAAAAAUCUAGUGAAAAGAAAUCAUAUAUAGCUACCUAGCUGUUAGGCUGUUACAGAAAUCUGAAGAAACGACAAUCAUAAAAAAUAUAUCAAAGCUGGCUUAAAGAUUGUGCAUAAUUGUCGUGUGAUAAUAAUAAUUAAUAAUUAAUCGGUCCAAAUAAAUAAUAAAAAAAACGUUAAUGUUCAGUCAAAGUUUGACUAUCUUAAGUUUAAACCAAUAAGAUUCGAAUAUAAACAUGUUUAUGUAAGAUUGAGUGUACAUGAUAUGGCUUCCAAUAAAAAAUAAAUACUUUUUUUUUUGUGCUGAAUAAAAAAUAAAUACUUUUGUGUGGGCCAAAUUUGAUUCUUUCACGCCAAAUUUUUGCUGGCUUACAGGCUAGCAAAACCCUUGGAAUGAAGAAUAAUCCCAACGGCUCCUAUAUGAGGUGGCCACAGAUAAGUGACCGUUGAUGGGGCCCACGUGUCCUUUUAUUUACAAAAGUUCAUUAUAUAUAACCGUUACUUUCUUGUCUAGGUUCUUACAAACUAAACCUCAAGCGUAAUAUUUUGUCUUUCAGUUUUCUCUCUUCAUUUUCUGAUUGACCAAACAGCCAAGGUUGUUGUUUUUUUUUUCUUUUUCGUUUUCUAACUUGGGUUUCUUGGGAAUUUUUCUGGGCUUUUGUUGGAAAAAAUGACUGUUGAGGUUAAGGUUGAAGUUGAAGAGACUCAAAUGGGUGAAGUUUCUAUCAGUGAAGAGGUGUCUAGCAAGAAGCAAGUAGUACAAGAAUCUAAGCCUACAACGGUUCAAAAAAGCUCUUCUUACAAGGAAGAGAGUAACUUUCUUUCUGAUCUUAAGGAGUUUGAGAAGAAGGCUUUGAUUGAUUUGAAGGCGAAAUUGGAAGAAGCCAUUCUUGGCAACAAUGUUUAUAAGAAAGAAGAAGAGCCAAAGAAGGAUGAGAAGGCAGUGGAAGAAAGUGCUGAAGAGAAGGAAAAGGCAGUGAAGGAAGGAGGAGAAGAAGCAGAAAAAUCAACUGAGGAAUCGAAACCCGAAUGUGCUGAAACCGAAAAGGAAGGAGAGAAAGAAGAAACUCAUGAAGUGGUUGUUGAAGGAAAAUCAACUGAGGAAUCCAAACCAGAAUGUGCUGAAACAGAAAAGGAAGGAGAGAAAGAGGAAACUCAUGAAGUGAUUGUUGAAGAAAAAGUUGAAGUAGUGGAUAGAGAUAUUUCUCUUUGGGGUGUACCUCUUUUGCCUAGUAAAGGAGCUGAAGGUACUGAUGUGGUCCUUUUGAAGUUCUUGAGGGCUAGGGAGUUUAAGGUCAAUGAAGCUUUUGAGAUGCUUAAGAAGACCCUUCAAUGGAGGAAGGAUUCUAAGAUAGAUUCGAUCUUGGAUGAGGAGUUGUGUGUUGAUUUAAGCUCUGCUGCUGAUAUUAAUGGCGUUGAUAGAGAAGGACAUCCGGUUUGUUACAAUGUCUUUGGAGUAUUUGAGAAUGAAGAGCUUUAUCAAAAGACUUUUGGUACAGAGGAAAAGAGGAGCCAUUUCUUGAGAUGGAGGUGUCAGCUUAUGGAGAAGAGCAUUCAGAAGCUUGAAUUGAAGCCUAGUGGAGUCUGUUCUUUGCUUCAUAUCAAUGAUCUUAAGAACUCGCCUGGACCCUCUAAGAAGGAGCUUCGAAUCGCAACAAAGCAAGUUGUGGGGCUAUUACAGGACAAUUACCCUGAGUUGGUGGCGAAGAAUAUAUUCAUCAAUGUUCCAUUUUGGUAUUACGCUCUCAACACACUUUUGUCACCUUUUCUCACUCAAAGAACCAAGAGCAAAAUUGUUAUUGCUCGCCCGGCAAAGGUCACAGAAACACUCUUGAAGUAUAUUCCAGCUGAGGAAAUUCCUUUCAAAUAUGGUGGUUUCAAGAGGGAGAAUGACUAUGAAUUCUAUGGUGAUGAUAACUCUGUUUCUGAACUCUACCUUAAAGCUGGCAUGACUGAAACCAUUGAGAUACCUGCACCAGAGGCUGAUGCUACAUUGAUCUGGGAUGUGAGUGUUUUGGGUUGGGAAGUACACUACAAAGAGGAGUUUGUUCCCAAUGAUGAAGGAUCUUAUACCAUUAUUGUUCAGAAAGGGAAGAAAAUUGGUUCACAAGAAGGACCUCUUCGAAACACCUUUAGAAGCAAUGAGCCUGGAAAGGUUGUCCUUACGAUUGAAAACACUUCCAACAAAAAGAAAAGGGUUAUGUAUCGGUUCAAGACCAAGAAGAGUCCCUCUUCAUAAGAAACUCAAAAUAUACAGAUGGAAAAUAGUGGAGUGGGGGAAUAUGCUGUGUUGUUCAAUUUUUCAUUCUUUUUAACAUUCUUUUGAGGGGUACAACAAGAAAUGAGUGAGAGGAUAGUGAAAUGUGAAAAAUUCAUUCUUUUGCAGGAUUGGAAUCAUGAAAUGUAGUAGGUGGUUUGAAAUUGUUUGCUGUAAUUUACAUGUGAGUGAAAUAAUAUUGGUAUAUUUGUUUUAAA